AUGCAGUACUCGUUACCGGACAUGAUCCACGUGCUGGACCAAUACCCAAGGCAGCUCCUGCGCGAUGAUUUCACCCCACCUUGUCUCCAUCGUACCCUCUAUGACGAGGACGUGCCCGACAUAGCCACACUAGCACGAACCUCCAUGGCGGUCUGCUGCGGCUGUGCGAUGGAGACCGCCGGGGGCGCACGUUUCGCACGACACGCAAUGGAAGUCGAGCGCCAGCGACUCAUCGCCUCGUACCGCAUGUACAGCUGCAUGCACCAGUGGGACGCUCUGCAUGCCAUGCUCGUGUAUAGCAUCCUCGAGUUGCGGGCAUCUCAUGCGGAGGGCGAUGAUGGCUGGAAGCAGAAGUCCUACUCGAAAGGUCUGAAGGCGCCCUUCUUGGUGAAGAUGAUUCGGGAUUUCGUCCACUCGCAUAACCUGCCUCCCGGAGAGAAUUUGACUUCGCAGUCGCAUAUGUUCAUACAGACGUUCCAACAGUGGGCGACAACCGAGACGGCUCGGCGGACUGUCUUUCUCGCUAACAUCGUGCAUUUCCUCGGCAACCACGAUCCAGAGACUGGCGAGACUUUUCCAUAUUAUGAGCCGUUGGAUGAUGAACUAAUCUUGAACAUGCCUUUGCCUUGUUCACAUACACUGUGGACUACUCGUACGGAGCAAGAGUGGAGACUGACAAUGCAGUACUGCCAAUGCAACUCGUCUCUAGCCGUUGAAGACCUUUCAUCCGCAUUUCAUCUAGUGCCAGGAUGUCUUACUUUGAAAUAUCUAUUUGCCAACUUCUCUACUAAUGAUUUGCACAAUUUGGUGUAUUCAAAUUAUGGCCUCGGUAGUUCUGACGAGCUUCGGGGAUUUGUCAUUUUAUGUGCAUUGAAGCAGUUCGGUCAUACACAACCGCGUCCAUCCGCCUACAGCAACAAUGUGAACGGCGACGGAGAAUAA